CGCCAAUUUUGUCGGACAAUUUUCUGUUUACACCGGUUUACACUAAAACGUGGGCCACUUAGAUAGAACUGUGAUGACAGGAGAGUGAACCAUACCAGAAGUCACUGAAACCUGUCUGUAAAGAACAUAAACAUGGGUAAAAAGCGCCUCAGUGAGGAGUCAGAGGAGUCAGAGAGUCCGGCGAAGAAAGAGAAGGUUCCAGAGUUUAAUGGGACUGCGUUUAAAGCCAUGCUAAAGGAACCUACCACAGCCAGGAGGGGGUUGGAGACAUUCAUAUCCACAGCUAAGAAGCUGCCAUGCCCUGACCUGUAUGACGUGGUGGAAGGUUAUAUUAAAAUCUCCAUGGAGUGUGCAGAAAUAUUUAAACUGCUUGAGACAGAAAGGCAGAUAGAGACUGAGAUGAUGCUGAUAUUUGAGUGCCUGGAGAUGAUUCUUCUGAGGACAGCCAGUGACCUGUCUCACUUCAGCAUGGUUGGAAAUGCCAUCGUGAAAAAGACAGUUUCCAACUACAUGAAGCGUCUGCAGGGAUCCUUCCAUUCAGACAACCACAGGCUUGUCCGACAGAGCCUCAAUCUCCUGUCAGCCUUAGUAUCUCAGGGUCCUGAAGCUGCCAGAGAAGUCCUGAGUCACAUUCAAAUCAACCGGGUUCUGUCUGGUUUGGCAAAGAGAAGAGACAAGAAGGGAAAGCCUGACGUCCGCAUGGCUUUUAUCCAGUUUGUGCUGUCCUUUUUAGUGUCAGGGGAUAAUGCUACAAUUGGACAGCUGUUGGAAAUCAAAGAGCUCCUUCCAGAGAUCCUGAGUACGAGUGUGAAGGAGGACAGAUUGUCUAUCGUCAAUCUCAUUUUGUCCACACUGAAGAGUAGAGUUGUCCUAAACAAAGGCAUCACUAAAACACAGAAAGUGCGUUUUUUCACACCGGUUGUGUUGGCCAACGUAGCGUCUCUGUAUAAGUGGAAUGGAAUCGUGGAUGCAGACACUGAUGAGGACAAAAUGGUUGCAGACUCUGAGCAUGCUGGGAUAUCUGUCGUCAGGGAACUUACUCACAGUUUCCUUCUUGACCUGUGCUGCUCUCGUAAGCAUGGCAUCAGCUUUCAUGAUGCCAGUUUUGGCACAGCUGGCAGGGCCGGGAACAUCGUCUUGCUUCAGUUCUUGGUGGGACUGAAGCAGGCCACAGAGGAUGAGCUGGUGGCAGAGCUGGUGGUGAAUGUGCUGAAAGGAAGUCCUGACAUGCUGGCCAGAUACUUUCAGGAGACUCAGUAUUCAUACACCCCCCGCCUCAAAAGUGCUUGGCAGGACAAUGUGAAGUUACUGAAGAAGAUCUAUGAGGCCCAGCCAGAGAUUUCCUCAGUCUUUCAAACUCGUGAGGUCAUCCCCCUCCCUCGCCUGCUCUCUAUGAUCAUGGUGAUAUCUGUGCCGCCUGUUUGUAACAAGACCUUCUUCACGCAAGGCCUCAAUCUCGCCAACACAGCAGUGCAGGUCACAACUCUGUCCACGAUCAAUUUCCUUUUAAAAAGAACCAAGAAAGAUAUGGAGUACCUUCUGGAUAAGUCUGAGGGCCACAGCUCAGACGUGUACACUCCUGACAUGAUGGAGGAGUUGGUGCAGCAGUACAGAGAGAAACUCAGCAAGAUUUUGCCUGAUAUGACGAGCAUCGUCUCAAAGUGGCAGUCUAUCAGCAAGAAGGAGAAGACAGAUGGUGAUGAAAAGAAAAACAAAAGUGAAGGGAGUGCCGAACAGACGGAUAAUAAAAAUGAAUCUCCAGUUGCUGAGACGGCGGAGGUGAUCCUGCUGAAGGCUCUGAUUCUUCAGGUCAUAUGUCUUUACCAGAAAGUUGUUCCACAUCUGGUUAGCCAGUGCAAAUUUGACUUCAGCAAGCUACUGAAAGGGAUUGUGUCAGAGAAAGGAAUGAGGGAAGAAGUCCCCCCCGUUUUGCAGUAUCAGAUACUGCAGCUAGCCUUGGAUCUGCCUGCGAGCAAGUUCGCCUGGUUUCGCUUACAGGAUGUUGCAGAUGUAGAGUCCUCAUCUGGAGAGAAGUCAGUGCUUUACCUGCUUCUAAAGAUGUUUGUCAGCAGCAGCAGCAGCCACCUGAAAAACUCCACACGGAUGCUGGUUAUUAAAGUGUUAAAGGACAGUGGUGUGUUUGAGUACACCUACACUGAGCUUGAGCUCUGGCUCGACCAGCUGGCCAGAGUAGAGUCAAACCAACAGGAGACUGUCAUCCAGUUCUUGGAGAGGGUGUUGGUGAAGCUGGUGUGCAAUUCUCACACAUACACAGAUAAGGUUGCCAGCCUGGUGCAGGAGGCAGCUUAUCUGCAGGCUAACCUGAGCAGCCAAGAGGGUGAUACUGCGAGUAUCCCUGUCUCACACAUCGAUGAUGUCUUAGACAUGCUGGAUGUCAUAAUGGAGGGAAAUGAGGGUGAGAUGGAGCAGUUUGGGCCAGCUCUGAGUGAAGACCUCAUUAUCCAGACCUUCCCCUUCAGUACGGUGGUCCCUGCAGCUCUGGAGGCACGAAACAAACUGCCAGCAGACAAAGGGGUAGUACAUGAGUACUUGUCUGCUGUGCUGUCAGACGUGCUGCACUGUCAGAGGGAGCCACUCCCGCUAUGUCUGGCUCUGCUUCAGUACGACAAAGAGCUUGUGGCUUCAGAACUCCCGUCCUCUCCUCAUCAAUCUAUCAUUACUCUUCAUCAGUAUUACUCUAAAUGGCUACCACAGCAGAGCAGGGAGGAACUGUUCCAGCCCUCUGAAAGCCUUUCAACAGGCACAUUGACCCCAGUGUCAUUCACUGAAGUGCUGAAAGCUGCGUACAGCCGAGGACCGAGCACUUUGCUUGAAGAUGCCUUCAAGAAGAAUGCAGAAGAAACUCUGUCUUCCAUGUUGUUAGCUGAGUUUCCAGUGGCAAUCAAGCAGAUCUUACUCUACAUAAAAUCAACAGUGGAAAACCUUGGCACAUUCCCCAAAGACUCAGGACUUGCCCUCCUGAAGACCUUAAUGGAAAUACUUCAGGACUUGGUGUCCAAGCUACGAGACCUUCAUGGGACCAAAAACUCAGAGACAGCCGAGGAAAACUCUCAAGAAGGAUCAGGUCUGUUCCUGGAGAUCAACGAGUCAUCCGUGGGAGAAGCUGAUAAAGAGCAGAUCCUUCUGUCUGCACUGAGCUCCAUCUUCAAGCAUCCGUGUUUGGAGCAGUGGUUUCUGGCUCUGGAGCUGGCUGCUCUGCCUCCUCACACUCUGAACCCUGUCAGACUGAAACGCCUGUGUGCUCAGCUGAGUGAAGACAUUUUGACCUUGCUGAAGACUAGUGCUCCCACUCUCUGUGAUCUGGAUCACCUGGAUCUUGUUAGUAGCUACCUUGGGGCUGUAGAAAAAGCUGUGCUCAAGGAACUUGUGGAAAAGAGCUCCCAGGGUGCAAAGAAACCAUCAAGACCUUUCCAGGCCCUCUUGUCUCUGCACAGCUACAUGGACUCCUGCAAUCUUAAAGAGGUGGUCUCCAAGCUGCUGCUUCUCCCCCAGGAGAGUCUAAUCUCCUCCAGCAGUGAGGGCACACAAGCUGAGCUCAGUGUCUAUGGUGACGCAGCAGUGCAGAUCCUCACAGGGUCUAAUGCUAACCCUUCCCAGGACCACAGCGUCUUUCUGUCACAGGCACACCUCCAGGGCCUGGGCACCCUGCUCCUGUCCUGCUUCAGCCCUGCACUGAAGACCUUCCUGCUGCAGACUUUGUGCAGAGAACCAGGCAGUGCCAAGCUCAUCCACACAGACGUGCUGCUGCAUUGUCUCCAGCAGCCUUGCCCUGACACUCUGACCAUCAGCUCGCUGCUGCUGCAGAACUGCUCCACACAUGUCCUCUGCUUUGAGAUGUGGUGCCUAGAGCCAGCUAACAUGGAGAAACUCUCAGACCAGUCAGACAUGUUUCUUCCACUAAUCAAUGCCUACCUGAAGAUGGCAGGUGGAGAGGAUCCCACGAGGCCGAUGGAUGUUCAAAAUGAAGUUCUGAAAGCCUUAAAGCAGGCACUGUUCUCAAAAUUGUCCAAGUGCGUUCUGGGAGAGUUGGCAGAAGACUCUGGAGCCCCACUAACUGAAGCGCUCGCCAGUCUCAUCAAACUCUCUGCAAACAUCAAAGAGACCAAAGACCUGAUGAAAGAUCUGCCUAGUGCUCUUCAGAAAGUGGACAGUUUUGAAAGAUGGAAGCUAGUAGAUGUCAUCACUGAGAAACUGUCCGAGUGCCCAGAGGAAAAAGAUACCUGGAGGAAGUCUGUGACCAGUGCUGCCUUUAAGUGUCUCACCACAGCUUACAGCCGCUCAAAGGAUCAGACGUUAGAGCGGGAGCAGAGCAUUCUGGAAAGACUUCUUGGACUACUUACAUCAGCUGAAGAUAUCUCUGCGUCUGAGUGGAACAGUUUUGUCAAGAAUGGUCUGAAAUACCGCUACAGAGACCACCACUUUCUGAACACACUGAGAAGCUUGUUGGAUGUGAUGUACUUUGGAAGUGAAGUCCAGAAGGAUCUGAUACCUUUAUCCAUGCUCCACAUGAUGAGCAGCAGCCAUUCUCUGUUCCUGCCGACCAUGUUGAACUCUGAAGAAGAGCCUAGCAGUUGUCAGGCUAAAGACGCACUAGUGUCUCUUCUUCUGUGUUUGGUGAAGAAAUGCCCAACAGUUUGUAACAUCAACCACUUUGUUGUGCUUCUUGGAGCAUAUGGAGUCACUCUGAGUACUUCAGAUCAGACACUGUUACAGCUUCUUCAUGAAUAUGAGAAAAACAACGUCAGUCUGCUGAAGUUUCAAUCCUUCUUGUGGGGCCCGGCUGCUGUGGAGCACCACAAGACCAGGAAAUGCCUUGGAGCUUCCCUGUGGAAGCAGGCGAGCUCAGACGACCUGUUGGCUCUGCUGAAACCUGAGAGGAUGCUUCAGACUAUUACACACUUCCCCCAACAACGCAGAAUCAUCCUGCAGGAUGACAAGCAGCGUCUGUUUUCGAACAAUGCAGCUAAGGACCUGGAGAACGUAUAUGACCCCUGUUUUCUCUUGCCUCUGUUUAGUGCCAUCCUACGUCCCGAGUGCGUGAUUGACUGCCUCAAGUUUGUAUCCAGCCAUGCUCUGGGAGUUACACUGAUGUCUUUAAGUAGCUACGAUCCAAAAGUGAGAGCAGCUGCAUAUCAUGUGCUGAGCAGCUUUUACCAACACCUGGAGGGGGCUAGCUUUAGAGAGAAGAGACAGAUGUUGUACUUGAUGGACACGGUGAAGAAUGGGAUUCGACAGCAGAAUCAAAGACUGCCAUUCGUCCUGACCACUUACAUCAGCAAAGUGGCUCAGCUGAUGCUCAAACCUGAGGACCACAUGUAUGUGGUCUUAAACAGGUUCCUUCUGUCCCAGCAGAGCUUGGAUUUCAGGAGAGUCCCGGAGUUCUUCAAACUCUUCUACGGUUUUGACUUGGAGCAUAAAGUUGAAAGAGAGUGGAUCCUGAGUGUGCUGGAGGAAGGGCUAAGUGAUGGACACUGCUAUGAGCUCUGUGAACAACAAGGCAUCUUUCAGACCCUUUUAGGUUUCAGCAGCAGCCCCCUGUGUGAUGAACGCUCGCAGGUGCAGAUUAUUCGGGUGUUGUGCCAGGCGACCCGUGUGACCAAAGCAGCCUAUAACCUCACAAAGAGUUGUGGACUCCUCACAUGGAUAAUACAGAUGCUUGAGAAAAGGAAUCUAGACCAGCAGCUGUUAGCUGCCGUCAUAGAUCUGCUCCAUGUGCUGUGGUUUACUAACCUUGGGCAGAAGGAGAAGCAGGUGGACGGAGGAAAGACUGAGAAGCAACAGCAGCGCUCCGCCAAGUGUCUCCCACUCCCACUUAUCAGUGAAUUCCUUUGUGUGGCAUCAACUGUCAGCAGACAUCUCAGGCUCCGUGUGAAGGCCGAUCAGCUCAGGAUGUUUCUGCAGACACUCAGCUCUAUACUGAAGCAUCGUGGGACAGCUCUCAAUGCAAAUAAACAGGCUGACUGGCUCACACUGCAUCCACAGCCUCUCUCUGGUACUGAAGCGCUCACUCUGCUUCACUGCUGGGCCUCCCUGUCCCGCACAACAGCACUGCUAACUCAAAUACAAGCCGUGUCUGAAAAGCACAAAGUGAAGGAGUUGCUGGGGACCGGGAAGGAGAAGGCUAGAGGUAAAGGCUCCGCUUCCAAAACCCGCACAAAGCAAGACAAUCUGGCCGAGGACACUGAGACAGAGAAACAAGAGGAGAGUCUCCUGACUGAGUGUAAAUCUUACCUCAGCUCUAUCUUUAUUCACUGGGAGCCUGUGUUUCCCCUCUCUGAACCCCAGCCAGGUCAGCAAAGAGACACACUGGGCCCCAGUGGGUUGGCCAUUGAAACAGCACACCUGCUCACCAAGUGGUCCCUGAGGUGCUUGGUGGAGGACUCUCACGAUGAAAACAGAACCAAAGAGUUCGUGCACUGGGUUGAAAAGGCUGUAGCCAAGCACAAGGAAAUUGUGGAUGUUGUGUCCCUGGAUCCCGGCUUGAAAGCAGACCUUCUUCGACUCUACCAUCGGGCCUUUGAAACCAGCAUUUCAGUAAGAGUGGAAACCAUGCAGCUUUUCACCAACAUUAUGAUGAGCUUCCUGGAGAGCCAAGGCCACCUUCCAGAGCUGCACCAGGCAGUUGUCUCCGCCUGCAUGACAGAGGCCUCACAUGAUCGUGAAGCAGGCCUGGGUCUGCUGUCAUUAUACAUCCAUGAGUUGUGGAGUGGAGCCACAUCAGCAGAUCUGUUCCUGUCUCAUGUCAGUUUGGUGACCAGAGCCAAGUGCAAGAAACAGAAAGCAUCCAAAUCUUCAGUGCCUCAAACAGCCAUCAGAGCCAUCUGCAAUGACAUCAUCACCAUGAAGAGUUAGAUCAAACCUAUGAACAAUUAUUAGACUUGUUGAUUACAAGUUUAGCUUGUAGUUACUCAUUUCACUGCUUUGUUUGAAUCAACAUAAGAUUUUUGUAACCCCCCUGUCAUAAAAUUUGUAUUUACAGA